CGGGCGGGCGGGGGGCGCUCAGCGCCCCCUGCCCAGGGCAGCCCCCGGUGCGGGGUGCUCGGGGUAAGGGCAGGAGCGGGGGGCGCUGCCCCGGUGGCCGGCUGAGGAUGAGGAGGCUCCUGAGCGCUGGGAGAGAAAGGACUCGACCAAGAGAGCACCGAGGAGAUGUCGGCUGUGAAGCCCGACAAGGGCGAAGGCGACGCCAGCAGCACGAGCAGCGCCGGCGGUGGGGAGGCCCAGGAGUCACAGCCGUCCCCGCUGGCCCUGCUGGCAGCCACCUGCAGCCGCAUCGAGUCUCCCAAUGAGAACUCCAACAGCUCCCAGGGCCAGCAGGGCGGGAGCGGCGAGCUGGACCUGAACGCGGCCGCCGCCCAGCUCACCCAGUCGGCCAACGGCUGGCAGAUCAUCUCGGCGGGCUCCAGCACCCCCACGGGCUCCAAGGAGCCGGGCGGCAACGGCGGCAACGGCGGCGACGCCUCCAAGAGCCGCCCGGUCAGCACCGGGCCCUACGUGGUCACCUCGGCGUCCGGCCUGCAGAACCAGCAGGUGCUGACGGGCCUGCCGGGCGUCAUCCCCAACAUCCAGUACCAGGUGAUCCCCCAGUUCCAGACCAUCGACGGGCAGCAGCUGCAGUUUGCCACCACCCCGGCGCAGGUGAACGUGCAGCAGGAUGCCUCGGGGCAGCUGCAGAUCAUCCCCGGCUCCAACCAGCAGAUCAUCACCAGCCGCGCGGGCGGCAGCAACCUCAUCGCCAUGCCCAACCUGCUGCAGCAGGCCGUGCCCAUCCAGGGCGUGGGGCUGGCCAACAACAGCCUCUCCGGGCAGACCCAGUACGUGGCCAACGUGCCCGUGGCCCUGAACGGCAACAUCACCCUGCUGCCGGUCAACAGCGUGGCCGCCAGCCUGGCCCCCACGUCCCAGACGGGCACCCUGAGCAGCUCGGGCUCGCCGGACAGCAGCUCCCAGCCGGCCACCUCGGGGGCUGCCAGCAGCUCGGGCAGCACGGCCACGUCCCAGGCCAGCUCGGGCGCCUUCUUCACCAACGCCAACAGCUACUCCACCACCACCACCACCAGUAACGUGGGCGUCAUGAAUUUCUCCACCAGCGCCACGGUGGGCACCAACGUGCAGGCACAGACCCCCCAGAGGGCCAGCAGCGUCCCCAGCUCGGACUCUCUGCAGACCCCGGUGUCGGGGGUGGCCCUGCAGCCGGGGCAGCAGAAGGAGGGGGAUCAGAGUCAGCAGUCACAGCAGCAGCAGCAGCAGCAGCAGCAGAUCCUGAUCCAGCCGCAGCUGGUCCAAGGAGGGCAGACAAUCCAAGCCCUCCAGACCACCCCGCUGUCCGGCCAGACCUUUGCCACUCAAGCCAUCUCCCAAGACACCUUGCAGAACCUGCAGCUCCAAGCCGUGCCCAACUCGGGGCCCAUCAUCAUCCGCACGCCCACGGUGGGUCCCAACGGGCAGGUGAGCUGGCAGACCAUCCAGCUGCAGAACCUGCAGGUGCAGAACCCCCAGGCGCAGACAAUCACGCUGGCCCCCAUGCAGGGCGUGUCGCUGGGCCAGACGGGCAGCACCAGCACCACGCUGACCCCCAUCGCCUCCCUGCCCAGCGGCACCGUCACCGUCAACGCCGCCCAGCUCUCCUCCGUGCCGGGCCUCCAGACUAUUAACCUCAGUGCCUUGGGAGCAUCCGGGAUCCAGGUGCACCAGCUGCAGGGGCUGCCCCUGGCCAUCGCCAACGCCCCCGGUGAGCACGGGGCCCAGCUGGGGCUGCACGGCGGCAGCGGGGACGGGCUGGGCGAUGAGAGCACGGCCGUGGAGGAGGGGGAGACCAGCCCCGACCCCCAGCCCCAGCAGGGCCGGAAAACACGGAGGGAAGCCUGCACCUGUCCCUACUGCAAGGAAGGAGAGGGCAGGAGCUCUGGGGAUCCAGGCAAAAAGAAGCAGCACAUCUGCCACGUGCCGGGCUGCGGCAAGGUGUACGGGAAGACCUCUCACCUGCGGGCGCACCUGCGGUGGCACACGGGGGAGAGGCCCUUCAUCUGCACCUGGGUGCUCUGCGGGAAGCGCUUCACCCGCUCCGACGAGCUGCAGCGGCACAAGCGCACGCACACAGGAGAGAAGAAGUUCGCCUGCCCCGAGUGCCCCAAACGCUUCAUGCGCAGCGACCACCUCUCCAAGCACAUCAAGACCCACCAGAACAAGAAGGGCGGCGCCGCCAGCGUGGCCAUGAACGUCUCGGCCGUCCCCAUGGACACGGCGGCCGCGGCCGAGGGCAACGGCGGCGCCACGCCCUCGGCGCUGAUCGCCACCAACAUGGUGGCCAUGGAGGCCAUCUGCCCCGAGGGCAUCGCCCGCCUGGCCAGCAGUGGCAUCAACGUCAUGCAGGUGGCCGACCUGCAGUCCAUCAACAUCAGCGGCAACGGCUUCUGAGGGGGAUGGCACCUCCAGCACCACCUCCACCUGAAGGCCAGAGCUAUAUAUAUAUAUUUUUUAA